AGCCAUUAAAUUUAUAGACCAAGCACAAAAUUUAUUACAUCAUAUACAAACUACACAACUGCUUUAGAUAUUAAACACCUUUAUUUAGCUACCAUCAACACAACAAAAUGCCUUGCAGUGUCGGCGAUAUAGAUUCUAUUUCCGCUCGGUUUCAGCCCAGUGUUAGAAUUGGCAAUUGGGUGGAAGAAAAUUGCCUUGAAGAGGACAAAAUAGUAAACUUUAAGAAACAACGCGAUCGCGGUGAACUUUUGGUGGAAAAAGCACGCACUUUGUAUGACAAUUUCCACAAGGAGAUCGUUUUGGCUGCUCCCAAGCAAACCAUUAUAUUCGGAGCUAUUGUGCAACUAAUGCCCAUCCAUAUAAACAUCAGUGAUAUGGAUACAACCGAUCUGAAUGCCGCCUUGUCGGUGGUGAUCAACGAAAAGGUGGUGCGAAAAAGCCAGUCAAUCAAUGAGGACUGUGAGCUAUCCGUGGCGCCUUCGAAGCGGCCUUGUGUGCGAAACUCCUUCAAAAUAGUCAGUGGAGAUGGUCGGGAUCGCACUGGGGAGAACAUCAAGUAUGGGCAGCGAUUCCAGCUGCAGUGCAUGGCUUCGGAACACGAUCCCAUAGUACUGUACAGUGGGCCCAAGCGGUGCAAUCUGCAGCAGGGUGUCCAUGCCACCUAUUUGUCGCACAAAAACGGGGAGCUCAAUCUCAACCUGGGACUUGUGCACCGCAGUAAAUUGUCAUGCCCGGACUACGAUAUACCCAUAGCAUACACGAAUUGGUUCUGCAGACAUGUAGAUCCAAAGCAGCGUUUUGAAAGCGAAGGAGAAGAUAUACCUAGCAAUUCCCCUUUGGUAAUCGUGCAUGCAACCACAAAUCGAAAUCUAGCUGCCGAAAAUGUUCUAAUCCAAACCCUUUUUGGCCCCGAAUUUCUGGUGUCCGUGCAAAACUAUCGCAAUAUCUACAGACAUGAGAUUUGGAAGAACGUAUGGAUGAUUAGCAACGGACACCAGACUGGAUCAAAGUCUGCAAAUUCUACGUCUCAUUAAUUUAGCUUUCAAGCAGCUAGGUGUGUUAUGUGAACUUGAUUUUUAUGUGGCGUACAUUUAAAUUUCGCACAUUGACUUUGUCGAGCCGAGCCCCUACUGUUUGGCCUAGAUAGAAAUUGGCACUUCACAGCUAGUUAGGGGAGAAAAAGUGGGACGGCACUUAAGAUUAUUGGUUAAUGAGCAUUAAGGUUCUAUGUAUUCAAAUCCUAGAAGUGUUAUAAAAUAAAUGCUUGGA